CUAUCAUCUUCUCUGUCUCUUUCUCUCUCUCUAUUCGAUUCAUCUUUCCAUCUCCGUCGUUCUUCUCAUGAAAUCGAUCAAAACCUUCAAAUCUGGGGUUUCUUCUCCGAUCUUGAAGAACCUGAGGUCACUACCAUCGGCGUCAAUUUUUUGAUGAUUACUUCUCCUACAGUCAAUCCUAGAAUCAUCAUCAAUCGCUCCUCUACCACCACCCUCACCGCCGCCAUGGCGGGCUCAGUAGACGAUCUCGGAGGAGUUGGACCAGCUCCACCAGAUUCAUGGGAGGUCGCCGACUUAGACGCCACUAUGAGCAGGUUGAUGCUCUCUUCCAAGAGGGAUAACAACAACUCCGAUUUAACUACUGCUACUACUGCUACUACUGCUACCACUUCUUCUCCUCCUCCCUCGCCUUCGGAGUUUGCUUCUGCUUCCUCAGUCCCAGUUAGGUCUUCGUCGGGCGGUGUGUUGGAAAAUUUGGUAAAUUCUGUUGAUCAGUUUCUUCGUGAAGCUUUGCAAAACCCUAGGGAGCGCCUUUCAGUACUACGGAUGGAGCAGGAUGUGGAGAAGUUCAUUAGAGAUCCUUCACAACAACAAAUGGAGUUCCAGCAGUUGCCUACUUCAUAUCUACGGUUAGCAGCACAUCGUGUGGCUCAGCAUUAUUCACUGCAGUCCAUGGUUUUACUGGACAAUACUCUUCCUGAUGGUUCUGGUUCUCGGAUCAUUGUUCGUAAGACUUCUGAAUGCCGGCCUCCUCUAAUUCGUCUGGCGGAUAUCCCUGUAAAUAUACCAACGGAGGACCUUAGCAGCAGUGUUGUUAAGGUUGCAAUCAAACAGAGGCCUAAUAAGCGAUCACAGGGCGGUGGUGGAGCAAACUCAAAUUCCCUGAAGAACAAUAGCUUAAAGAGUGUGGAGGAGAGAAAAGAAGAAUAUAAUCGGGCACGUGCAAGAAUAUUUAGCUCCAGCUCCAGCUCUAGUGGGGUGCCUGGUGGGAAACAAGAGAGUGAGCCAAGGAUGCAGGAAGUUAUCCAGCAUAGUCCGUUGGGGACUUCAAAGAUAGAAGAAGUUUCUGUUCCUGGAGGAGUUGAUGUGAGUAUUGGCAGGGCUUCAGUUGAUUCCUCUGCAGGAAGCAGUAGACCAGGUAGAAGUAGGACAGAGAAGGAGCCAAUUGUUAGGUCAAGGAGUAAUAGUAGAGUGGCGAUCUUUCGUGACCGUGAAGUUGAGCGAAAGGAUCCUGAUUAUGACAGGAACUAUGACAGAUAUGCACAAAGAUUCGAUCCAGGCUUUGGGUUUAAUGGUGGCUCAUAUCCUAUACAGCCAAUGUACACACCGGUCUUGAACUACAAUACUGAAUUUCCUCAGCUUGGUUCAGCACAUAGGUCUCCUAUCUCUGCUGAACACCAAUCUCAUGGACUCCCUCAGCAUUUACCUUCACCAUGGGUUGCACCAUCUUCACCUGCAGGAAUUGGUUACAGGCCUCCAGAUGCCAUGAUGACUCCAUUUAGUCCCAACCAUGCUGCCCCCCAUCCUGCCUCCACGCUAUAUAUGCAGUAUCCUUGUCAGCGGCCUGGGAUGACAUUUAUUCAUCCUCGUGAACAGGUUCACCAACACUACGCACAGUCUCAGCAGCAGCAAUCUGAUGCAAGUUUUGGAUUAGCCCGGCCCCGGUGAGGGGCUUGGGCGAUGCCUGCACCCUGUCAGAGGUAUGGAACGUGCUCAAUAGGUGUCGGGGUUUCUUUCCCUAGACUUCAUCUGAGCUGGCAGGGGUGCAGGCAUAACCUACUGAGGUUGGGUGGGAUGGGCAUACAGCAUCUUGAAUAUAUAUAAUUUUUGGUCCAUUUCAUCAUCAAUCUCGGUCUUGAGGGCUUCAUGAAGCUCAUUGGUCCCAACAGUUCCAUUGUGUUGGAUAAUAGGUAUUUUGCCACUGAAGAAUGAUAACAGGAAAGAAGUAUAUGAGCUGUGAAUGUACACUGCUCUUCCAAGUGAAGGUACUUCUUUCACAUCCGUUUUUACUCCUUUCUUUUAGCAUUGAGCGGUUACAAAACAGUGCGUAAUAAACGUUGUGUUGUUGUUACAGCACCAGAAAGCAUAGAAUGAAAUGAAAGAGGAGUUGGUAGAAUGGUUUCUUGGAAGAAGAAGAGAAACUCCGAUCAUCCAUCACUCUUUUGUUGGGUUGGGUGAAUAGAAAAGGAUUAACAGUGGAUUGACAUGUACAAAAUUUUAUGUUGGAAGUUUGAAACUUAUAUAUUUCCAUGCAUGUCACUGCUUAUGGCUUUUAUUUU